CAUGGGCUGGAGGCAGAAGUGGGAGGGGGUGAGUUGCCUGGUGGAAGAUACGGAGAUGUCCUUCAUUUAGAGUGUUGACAACAGAGCGACGAGCGGCAGACCCCGGCAACAGUGAGGAGACAGAAUCGCCACACAUCGCUGCUCCAUCGACACGACAGGCGAGGACAUAGCUGACAGGAAAGGAGCCAGUCUGGACAGAGAAGACUUCCAUCACAUCAACAGACAUGGGCGUCUCCUCCUGCUCCCUGCUCUCACUCUGUGUGUUCUGCGCAGCGCUGCUGAUUGCUGGCACACGCUCGGAGGGUGUGUGUCUCCGAGAUGGAAAACACAAAGCCACGCCUAGCCCGGAGCCGAACCUGAGCGAGUGUGCGCUUUACGCCGACAACAGCUGCUGCUCUGAUAAAGACAUCAAGGACAUUAGCCAUGUUCCCUCCAGCAGCAACCAGAACGAGCCCUGGGACAAGUGCGGUUCUCUAAGCCCCACGUGCGAAGGCUUCCUGAAGCGCGUGUCAUGCUUCUACCGCUGCUCUCCUGACGCCGCCCGUUGGCCUCAUCCCCACCGCCGCUCCUACAUCCAAGCUGUGCCGCUCUGCCACAGCUUCUGUCGCGAGUGGUUUGACGCCUGCAAACUGGACUUGACCUGCGCUCGGAAUUGGGCCAAAGAUCCCAGAGGACAGAACUGCACAGGGACCUGUGUUCAGUACCAGCAAAUGUACCAGCACGGUCGGGAUCUGUGUGAGAGUCUUUGGGGUGACGCCUUCAUGACAGUGGAGGAUGAGCCUGAGGAGGUGGCGGACCCAGCAGCGGACGGGGACGGCAAUCGGCCCUGCGGCUGCCUGACCCUCAGCCCCUCUGACAAAGACGUGAUCGCGGCGCUGAGAGCGCAGCAGGACGACCCCGAGGAGCUGGACACCACCAAGAGUGGGCUGCCCCAGUACAGAGCCCCGUGCCAGACCAAGCUACCCCAGCAGGCCAAGGGGAUCAGGAAGGGCAACUCUGUGCUGCGCAAACGGUCAAUCGUGAUGGAUGAUGGCGAGGGCAGUGGAAGUGGCUUGUAGGGAUGAUUCAGAGAUUUGAAGCUAAUGAGCACUAAUAGUGUAGAAUAACUGAAAGCUUUAGCCUCGCUCCCGAAACUAACCUCCCACACCAUCCUGUCAACAUGCGACAUCAUCACGACACAUCUUAGGGUGAUUAAUCUUUUAACAGCUCGAUGAUCAUUCAAGAAUAUCUUAGGAGAAGACUGUGCGCUAUGUUUUAACUUUUGAAUUUGGUCAUUCAUGGCAGCAAAAGCAAAUACAUAAAUAUGAGAAAUGUAUUUCAUUGAACAUUUUGGUUGCCCCCAAAAUCCAAAGUCCAGGUUCCUCCUUGUGAAAUUUCCCCCAUCGUCACAGUGCCUGUGUUCAUUGGCGGCCUCUCGCCAGCAGAAGCUGAGACUGGCUCCAGUGAACUCAAUUCUGGCAGUAAAUAAAAAUGAAAAUUAAAUUGGCUCACCUUAAUAUCUGGGUGGCGACGAUGGAAAACCGUCACUGCAAUUUAAUCAGCCUGCGUGUCUUCGUUGCCUACAAAAUAAGGUUUUGGAGUCAGUAUGUAAGCAGGGUCAGGGUUAUUUAUUUCCUAAAAUAUAAAUCAAUGUGGUCAUCAAAAGGCUACAUUACCGAUUAAUAAUUGCCCAAAUACAUCAUCGCUAGAUUAAAACAGCCUAAUAAGAACAGGAAAUCUAACAGCUUGCUCGUGCUUGGAAUCAAAAAAGUGACACAAGAAAAAAUCAAAUGAGCAGCAGCAACAGAAUCUCAUCACCAUGAGUGCAAACCUGGCAAAUCACUACUUUAGUCUGUUAUAACAAGUGUUACAGUCUGCUCAUUAGUGCGCUGUGUAACAAUGGAGAGGGUCAUGUAUAAAGAUAAUGAAUGUAAUUUGCAGGGUGCCCAGCAAAAAGCCUCGACUGAACUAUCUGGAAUGAUAAAUGACGCAAGAGACCGGUGUUUAAUAUUCAGUGGCAAGAUUCAGAAUCAGCAGAGGCAGCCGCCGUCACGCCUGAGAAGAUUGUUCACGGAGGUUAAUCAUCAGUAUUAUGUGGAUAAUUAUUUUUUAAUAAUGUGAUGUAUUUAUAGAGUCAGGCACUGACAGGUCUUAAUGUUUUGUAUAAGUGAAAAUGUCAUUCAUGGUCAAUGUGAUGGAAGAGGGUGUUACUGUGCUUUUCGUUACACUCUGAAUAAAGAACAAAAUUCAAGCUUGA